CGUGCGGACUCUGACCACUACGCCCUCUACCGCAACUACAUCUUGCUGUUGCCCAACAUGUCGCCGAACCUGCGCAAGUCGUUUAUGAAGAACUGGUUUGCCGUUGAGGCAACACCCAUCUUUGCGGUCAUGGGAGUGGCCGUACUGGGUGCAGGCUGGUACCUUACACGGCUGGCUCGAGGCCCAACAGUCAUAUGGACGAGGGACAACCCAACUCCCUGGAAUGACAUCCAGCCCAACGAGGGCACCAAGCUUCUGACAGUGAACCAGCACUUUGAGAAGAGUUGGGAAAGGAAGAAGCUUUGAGAGUGGACCCCUUCGCUGCGCGGGCUCUGGCCUCGAGUUGAUUCAUUGUCUGCUGUACGAAAUGGUUGUGAAUGUUCCUGGUCAGCUUUGGCAUUGCCUGUCUGUACAUAUCGCGCGCGUGACGUGCUAGUGUGAUUGCACAUUGUGACUGCGGCGUCGGCCUCAGAUGAC